ACAUGUCAACAAUUAUGACUGAUAACAACAAUAACCAACAAAUUCCUAUUAUUCAAUUGUUCAGUUAUGCCUAAAAAAUAGACUGAAAAGGUGAAAAGUUCGUUCAAGACACAAUAACAAUAAUCGAACACAGAGUGUAUACGUAUAUACAUUUAUUUCGGAAUUUUACGUUUAAUUCAAGAUAAUAUGAUACACCAAAAAUAGCAAAGCCACAGGAUAUGAGCUUUUUAUUUUUAUAACCUACAACUUAAUUAAAAACCCUUAAACAAUUUAAUAAGGGCGAUCUCCAACCAUUUAGUAUUUUCCAGUUCAUCAUUUUACAAAAUGGCCAGAAAUGCUGAAAAAGCUAUGACGACACUGGCGCGAUGGCGUGCAGCACAGGUACAGGAGGCAGGUGGGCAGCGAGAGCGGCGACCCUACCUCGCGUCCGAGUGCAAUGAUCUACAGCAGGCCGAGAAAUGGCGGCUGCAAAUCGUGAGGGAGAUCGCUAAAAAGGUCGCACAGAUACAAAAUGCCGGUCUGGGCGAAUUUCGGAUACGUGAUUUAAACGAUGAAAUCAACAAGCUGAUGCGUGAAAAACGCCAUUGGGAAGUUCAGAUUAAAGCUCUCGGCGGCCCGGAUCACGCUCGUGUUGGACCCAAGAUGCUCGACCAGGAUGGGAAAGAGGUUCCUGGUAACAGGGGCUACAAAUACUUCGGGGCGGCGAAAGAUUUACCGGGCGUGCGCGAAUUAUUCGAGCAAGAACCGCCGCCGCCGGCCAGACGGACUCGUGCCGAUCUCAUGCGAGACGUCGACGCGGAUUAUUACGGCUACCGGGACGACGACGAUGGACUGCUGCUGCCCUUGGAGAAGGAGGCAGAAAAAAAAGCUAUAGCACAAGCCAUUGAAGAGUGGAGGCGGAAUAAAGAACAGAACGAAGAUCAAGAUUUACCCGAAGAGGAGAAUAUUUAUCCAGAAGACCCCGACGACAAGAGAAUAGAAGACGACGACGAUAUGACUGACAAGCCAUCUGGAACUUCGCUCGUCGCCGUACCAUCACAAAAAGAUAUAGAAGAAGCCUUGUUAAGAAGGAAAAAACAAGAACUUUUAGAACGGUACGGCUGCUUGGAUGUGAAAUUAGAAGAUAGCUGAUAUAAGAAGUAAAUUUAGUUUUAAUAAAUAUCUUAAAAAAGAGGUUGUUUUUAUCACCUAUAAUAAUAAUGUAAAUAAGUCAGGUUUAAAUAUAAAUAACUUCCAAUGGAAUAUGAAAAAAAUAGUUUACCUUUAUAUAGAUUAACAAUAACCAGCGUUACAUAAAUGACAAUAUCAGUUCGAAUUUGAACCUUGAGUCGCUUUUGCCUCUAGUCGCCGUUGAGACUGGCUAACUUAUAAAAUAAAAAAAUGUUAAGUAGUUAGGUAAUUUAUAAACCAUAAAUGAACCUAUUGAGGUCAUGGGUCUCGUGUCUUUGUGAUCACAGAAGGACACUAUACCACGCUGAGUACGGAGAACGAGUUUGGCGUGUCUAAGGCUGAGAUCUAUAGAUCGUACUUUGACUUUGCUCAGGCUUAGCUUACGAAAAACUUAGCAGAGUAUAUGCUUAGCAUAAUCUUUGAUUCUGAAUUCAUAGUUGUAUCGGGCUAAGACUAAGCUAAGCUUAUGCUAAGGCUCAGACAGUCCUAAUAUUAAAUGACGCUUCAUUCCACCUGAAACUACCUAUUUAUUGUUAUGAAUAAUUAGAGUGACAUAAAAACAACAACUUAAAAUUAAUACGGUGGUUUCGGAUAAUAUCCUGAGUUUUACGUAAGUCGUCGAUAUCGUUGAUUUAGGCUUUGCUAAGCGCGCACUCAGCACGACUACGAAGCUAACUCUAUAAAUACCGACAUUAUCUUAGUUUGAAAGUAAAGUCCGAGCAAAGUCAAAGUACGGUUUAUAGAUGUCAGCCUAAGACCGCGUUCCGACGACACGCACCCGCUACGCCCACGCCACGCGCCUCAGCACCCGCGUCUAAUUCUCGUUGAAAUUUGUUGCAUAUAAUUUGAGUCUUAUGACCAUAGAAAUAUUAAAUAGAGGAGAAGUGGCAAGGGGGCGUGUCUGUGUCCGCACGCUAUGAUCAAAAUGCUUAGGUUCUAUUCAAACGGCCGUCUCUGCGUAUUAGUAUACUUUCAACCGUAAUCGUGAAACAAUAUCAGAAUGCCGUGUUAUUCAGUGGUUUCUUGUAAAAACCGAAACCAAAACAAAUUCUUUGUAGAUCAUGGAACCACUUACCAUAUGUAAGAACAACUAUUUUACUAUCUUUAUCUUUAAAAUCAUGAAAAACAACAAAUCUACUAACAAUUAUUAUCAUUAAAAUCACCAAUACAACCCUACAAGUUCAUGUAAUAACUUUGAAUGAGUUUUUCUGGAAAUAGCCAUACAAUAGGAUUAUACGAACUUAGGGGUUGUAUUGAUGAUUAUAAUGAUUAUUAUUCUGUAAAUACAUAGUCGUCACGGUCGCGAAUCAUAUUUUAUUAAACAUACAAUCUGACACUGACCUACAAAUUGCAAAAAACGUAAGAAAAUUUGAAUUUCGCGAACCACCCUGGAGCUUUCACCUUAAAUUAUACUACUAGUAACGCGUCAAUCUUUUUAUAGCCUAUUAAUU